CAAACAAGCCAAAGGGUUUCAGCGGGUAAAGAGGUUUGAUAAUAUUAUUUCUCACACAAAGUGUUGCUAAGCCAGCGUAAAAAUGGCCGGUUUAGAGUCGAUGAUAGUGGAAGAGAAACCGCAGCCACCGAAAUCGGUGGACCGAGAGAAGACCUGCCCGUUGCUCCUGCGCGUGUUUUGCUCCACCGGACGGCACCAUUCGACGAACGAGUACGCCUACGGUAAGGUGCCCUCGAACGAGCUGCAAAUCUACACCUGGACGGAUGCGACACUGCGCGAACUGACGACACUGGUGCGAGACGUAAACCCGGAGACACGCCGCAAGGGCACGUACUUUGAUUUUGCCGUCGUCUAUCCGGACCGGGGCUCGUCGUUCCGGAUGCGCGAAAUCGGUGUUACCUGCUCGGGCCAGAAGGGCGCGGACGAUUCGAAAACGCUGGCCCAGGCCAAGUUUACCAUCGGCGACUACAUGGACAUUAACAUCACGCCGCCGAACCGGAUCCCUCCACCGAGGCGGCAACGACCGUACUAAACAGGGGGUGCCAAUGGUGCACAACUAGGAUAGGCUUUUCUUCUUCGGAAUUUUUCGAGAAUCAUUUUUGGUAAGUUCCAUCAGAAUCGGAGACAAACGAAACGCAUUUGAUGUGGAGUGCAUGGCCCAUUAGUUAAGACUCAGAAAACGGCGGGUUCACCGAGAGAGCGCGAACCGUCGUGUGUGUUUGUGUGCGGCGUCAACACUGUCUUCGACCAGGCCACCAAAACUGCUGGCCCCUCCGCGCAAAGGCGGAAGACGCAUGCUUAUAAUAAAUACUAUUUCUUCUU